AUCUCGGUUCAGCAUUCGGAGAUAUCUUAGCAUCCAGGAAAAGGGGGAGAGAAAAGAGAAAAGAGAAAGAGAAAAAGGGAAAGUAAAUUUUAAGAAUUUUCAAGAGGAAGAAGUGAAUGAUGAGCGGAGAUCAGUUGCAGUUGCCGGCUGGUUUCAGAUUUCAUCCGACGGACGAGGAGCUCGUGGUGCAUUAUCUGGUUCGUAAAUGCGCAUCACAGAGCAUCUCCGUUCCGAUUAUUGCCGAGGUUGAUCUCUACAAGUACGAUCCAUGGCAGCUUCCAGGAAUGGCUCUGUACGGUGAAAAGGAGUGGUACUUCUUCUCUCCAAGGGACCGCAAAUAUCCCAACGGUUCAAGGCCUAACCGGGCGGCCGGAUCCGGCUACUGGAAGGCCACCGGCGCCGAUAAGCCCAUCGGCCGACCCAAGACGGUCGGAAUUAAAAAGGCACUCGUAUUUUAUGCCGGCAAAGCUCCCAGAGGUGUCAAAACCAAUUGGAUCAUGCACGAGUAUCGCCUCGCCAAUGUUGAUCGAUCCGCCGGCAAGAAAAACAACUUAAGGCUUGACGAUUGGGUCUUAUGUCGAAUAUACAACAAGAAAGGCAGCGCCGAGAAACAGCACACCUUUGAUCAAAAGUCAAUGAAAUAUCCAGAACUUGAAGACCAGAAGCCAAAAAUAAUAUCAACGGUUCAAAAUAAAGUAGUACCCUCUUCAUUGCCGUCCCUACCUCCAAUGCCUGCGCCGCCAACAACCAAUGACUACCUAUACUUCGAGACAUCUGAUUCAGUGCCGAGGUUACACACUCACACAGAUUCUAGUGGAUCCGAACAAGUAAUGUCACCGGAGAAGGAGGUUCAAAGCGAGCCUAAGUGGAAUGACUUUGAUUUUAGCCUCUAUAUGGAUGGUUUUGCCAACGACCCUUUUGCCUCUCAAGCACAGUUUUCGGGAGACUUAUUAACAUCGUCGUGGCAGGACAUGUUGAUGUUCUCGAACAAGUCAUUUUGAUAAAUAUUCCGAUUAGGAAAAUUUGAUCAUCGUACGUCAAACCUAGAAUAUGAAGAUGGUAGCUAUAUUGGUCUCAUGAUUCAUGAAGUUGCUAACAUGAGUUUCAUUCAUGGAAGAUAUGGGGAUGAUGGGAUGAGAAUGUGUUGGAUUGGUCGUUGUUAAUAUGUACCAUUGUAGGAAAUUCUCACCUUUGUAGAAUAUAGAAUAAUAGUAAAAUAUUCUUUUUUUUUCAUUUUACCAAAUUUAAUUGAUGAUGAUGAUGAUGAUUAUAAAAAAUGAGGGUGAAGGGUAUAUUGGGGAUGGGAUGGGGGGGAUUAACGAGGGAGAAAAUGACAAAAGUCAAUAUCUACCUUUGGUUGGUGUUGAAAGAGAAGGGUGCAUUUGUUCUUCUUCAACAAUGUUGAUUCGAACAACUUGUUGAAAGAUUAAUUUUUUUUUUCUUUCUCAUUUGUUGUAACACAUCUCUUCAUCUAAUCAAAUAUAAUAUGAGGUCUGUGGACCACCCAUUGCUCUC